CUGGAAUUGGAGCAAUGUUCUCUCGAAGUAUUGGAACCUGAAGGGAGUCCAAGCAGGAGCCUGCUCCAAUUAAUGGGUGAAAGAGGCUGCACCGUGCUGGAGUUGACAGAAUUGCUACAGACCCUGGAACACACCGAGGCACUCCACUGUCUCAGUCCUCCAAAUAUAAAGAUAGUUGUAGAACCAGAAUCUCAAGCAGUGUUAUCUGGCCAAAUGGUGAAACUGAGUUGCUGGGCAUCUGGUUAUCCACUUCUACAGUAUCAGUGGUUUAAAGGAGAUAAAAUGGUUCCACAUGGGAAUUCCCCAGAACUGGUACUCAGCCAGGUGAAUGCAGAUGAUGCUGGAUUCUACAUAUGUCGAGUGAACAGUGACUUUUCAUAUACAUUCAGCCGAUGGGCAGAGCUGGAUGUUUCAAAUAUACAAGGAUCUUGUCGUGGAAAUAGUCUUGAUCUGUCUGAGAAGAAAGUUCAUAUUUGCAUCCAUCCACAAUCCCAGAAUUUGAUUGUAGGGGAAAUGUUGGUUUUGCAGUGUGGAGCUAUAGGUAUCCCUCUCCCUCAGUACCAAUGGUACAAAGAUGGAUCUCUACUGCCUAAUGGCAAUAAGAAAGUCUAUAUGGUACCCUGCGUAGACAUGGAGCAUCAAGGAACAUAUUGGUGCCAUGUAUAUAAUGACCAAGAUAACCAAGAAAGUAAGAAGGUACAAGUUAUUAUAGAGGAGUUAAGUACUCUUGGAGAACCUGAUAUUAAAGAGCAGUCAACUGAAAGACAAUCUGCAGUGGACAAAGUAGCUCUGUUGAUGGGCAACAUGAACUACCGUAGUCAUCCCAAACUAAAGGCUCCACUCGUGGAUGUUUAUGAGUUGACAAACUUGCUGAGGCAGCUGGACUUCAAAGUCGUUUCUUUAUUAGAUCUUACCGAACCUGAGAUGCGGAAUGCAGUAGAUGAGUUCUUACUACUCCUGGACAAAGGAGUCUAUGGCUUAUUAUAUUAUGCUGGCCAUGGCUAUGAGAACUAUGGUAAUAGUUUUAUGGUUCCUAUAGAUGCCCCCAACCCUUAUCGAGCUGUAGACUGCCUAUGUGUGCAAAACAUCCUCAAACUAAUGCAGGAAAAGGAAACCGGCCUUAAUGUAUUCUUACUAGAUAUGUGCAGGAAAAGGAAUGAAUAUGACAAUACCGUUCUCAUCCUGGAUGCUUUAAAGGUUACUGCUAACAUUGUCUUUGGAUAUGCCACGUGCCAAGGAGCAGAAGCGUUUGAAAUUCAGCAGUCUGGAUUAGCCAAUGGGAUUUUUAUGAAGUUUCUGAAGGAACGUUUGCUAGAGGAUAAAAAGAUUACUGUGCUACUUGAUGGUGUGGCAGAAGAUAUGGGCAAGUGUCACCUUACCAAAGGCAAGCAAGCUUUGGAGAUUCGCAGCAGUUUAUCUGAGAAGCGAGCAUUAACUGAUCCUAUUCAGCAAACAGUUGCCUCAGCAGCGGCCUUGGCACGGAAUCUGCAAUGGGCAAAAGCUCAUGAACUUCCUGAAAGUAUGUGUCUCCAGUUUAACUGUGGCGUUCAGAUUCAGCUUGGUUUUGCAGCCGAAUUCUCCAAUGUCAUGAUCGUUUAUACGAGGAUAAUAAAGAAACCACCCGAAAUCACAGUUUGCAAAGCUUAUGUCACGGAUUUCCCCCUUGACUUGGAUGUGGACCCUAAAGAGGCCAAUAAAGGGACUCCAGAAGAAACUGGCAGCUAUUUGCUUUCAAAAGACUUGCCCAAGCAUUGCCUGUACACUAGAAUAAGUUCGCUACAAAAGCUAAAGGAAGACUUAAACUUCACUGUUCGCCUGCACUAUGAAUACGCUGGAGUAGAUGAAGUUGUGGAUGAAAAGAAAGUGGUUAACAUUGGCAAACCUCUCGUUGCUAAAUUAUGCAUUCAUCAAGGUUUCAGGAAUAACAGCGGCUUCCAGAGUUGUUGUGUGCCAAAUGGGCCUUGCUUUACCCAGCUGCCUGACACAGGAGUGAAUGUAUACUGUCCCUCUCGUAACAAUCGUCAGCCACAUUCCUAUGGAGGUGUUCCCCAGCCAAGCUCUGCUCAACCAGAUAAUGUUUCGCACCCGCCAAGAUGCCAUUGCAGUACGGCUCUGAACAGGUUAAUGGCAUGGCAGUCAACGUGGCCAUAUUCAUCCAGUUCAAAUCGGAGCAAUGUACCUGUGGAGACAACAGACGAACUGGAAUCUGAUUUCUCAAGAACCUUAAGAUUGUCUCAUCAACAGUAGCCAAAGUCUGGACUUGACAGCUUGUUGGUAACAUUCCUCUGGCAGACAUCUGUGAUUGCUUGGGCAUCUUAGGUUUGCCAUUUGCUGAGAACAUUGGCUUAGAUCCAGAAAGAGUUUGGCCAGCCUUAGGUCCCAUUAAAACGAAUGAAUGCUUCAUGCUUUCAUACUUUGACUGGAUCCAAGUUGUUGGAAUUACAGGCAGGCCUAUGCUUUGAAGAAACAGGAGUGCUUCUUUAGGCAACAUGAGAGACUGCUCUGUUCUCAGAUGUUCCCCCAUGUUAACUUAUAGAUAAGGACAUUGUUGGUUAUGUUGGUUUGGAUAGUUUUGUCAGAAAAAAAUAUGGGCUAAACCAGUUCUUUGCCUGAAUGUAGACUCAGUAGCUGGGCGAUGAAAGAGUGUGGAUAGAUAUUGUUUAACUGAUAGAUACGUUCAUGGGUGUUAACAGCUAUUUGGGACAAACAAACAAAGUGGGGCCAUUGCCUUGCUUCUGUGCCUCUGGCCGACCACUUUAAAAACAAGGUGUUGCGCAGAAUGAAGUCUUUGUGGAAUCGAUCAGGACAGAUUGUGCUAGUCCCGAUGGUGGGGCCGGGGAAACAGAACGCUAGAUUGGACAAGCCUGAGCCAGUGGGACUGUUCUUAUGGUACUCUUAUUUCUAUUUUCUGGAAAUGCUGAAACCUUGCUGUCGUACCAAGUGCUAGAAAAACAUCCUGUGAUUAGAUGUAAAGUUUGGCAGGAAUUUUCUUAAUCCUUAUUAACUUGGAAGGUAGCUGUGUAGUACAAGAACGCUGUUUGCAGUCAGUUAAGAAAAACUAUAGAGGCUUUUUAAUUUAUAUUUCUGUAUGCACCUUCAGACUGUUUUAAUAGUCAGCAAGUGAAAUAUAUUUCUGCAAAUACUGCUCA